UAUGUUGGAGGGGAGCGCGCGGCGGACUGUUCUGACUCGGCAGAGAGAGACGGAGGGAGACGAACAGCAACUCGAAACACAACUAACUCACAGCUCCGCUCUAGUGGCAGACCCGGACAUCUGGAAUUACUUUUACAAACUCCGUCUCUCGGACUCCUCUCCCAAACUAGCAGUCGUGGCAAACGAAGCCCAGAAGUAAACACCAGCUGCGCUCCGGGAUCCUGGUUGGUUCUCCAAUGAAAGAUCUACUGCAGCUCGUCAGCUCAGAAGCAGCAAUGUCGACCUCCAUCCUGACCGCCAUCUACGACAUCGACAUGCUCUACAAGCCUGAGAAAAACUUUAACAUGAACGCCCUCCACUUCAACAACCUUCUGGACAAGAAGGCGGUGGGCGCCCCUCUGUCCAGCCCGGCCAGCGCCACCAGCUGUCCUAUCGCUCCGGGAUUUUUCCGCCGCAACUCGGCUGGCAGCACGGAUUUGCAGCCGAGCAACGGCAACAAGUACACGUACAAGGACAGCAGCAGCACCACCGCCAUGCUGAACAAGGAGAACAGCUGCAGCAGGUACCGCGAGCGCGCCUUCAGCGAGGGCGGGGAGCGCACGCAGGCGCAGCCGCAGCAAGCGCAGCAGAAGGCGGCCUCGCAGAUCAACUCCACCCGCUACAAGACGGAGCUCUGCCGGCCCUUCGAGGAAAACGGCGCCUGCAAGUACGGCGAGAAGUGCCAGUUCGCGCACGGUUACCACGAGCUGCGCAGCCUCUCUCGACACCCCAAGUACAAGACGGAGCCGUGCCGCACCUUCCACACCAUCGGCUUCUGCCCUUACGGCCCGCGCUGCCACUUCAUCCACAACGCGGACGAGCGCCGGCCGGCCCCGGCCAGCCACAGCCACUCGUCCAACGGGGCCGAGCCCAAGUGCUCCAGCGGCGGCUACGUGCCCCGAGAUGCGCCCCCUGUCGGCGGUCCGGCUUAUCGCGACAGACCCAAGCUCCACCACAGUCUCAGCUUCGCCGGCUUCUCCACGCAGCACGGCCUGGACUCGCCGCUGCUGGACACCAGCCCCACGUCCCGCACGCCCCCGCCCCCUUCCUCCGGCUUCUACGAGGACGCGCUGGCGCCCAGCCCCUUCUCCUUCCCCGCCGGCCAAGACCUGAAAGCGCUGCUGGCCCCUCUAGCUGUGCAGACGGCCGGCGGCUACGCCACCUCGUACUACGGCAGCUUCCAGACCCCGGUGGGUCCCCCCUCGCCCCCUUACAACCUGAGCCACCUGCAGGCGCUGCAGCGCCUCUCGGAGUCGCCGGUCUUCGACUCCCCGCCCAGCCCGCCGGACUCCAUCUCCGACCGCGACAGCUUCGCCAGCGGCUCGCUCAGCUCCUCCGGCAGCCUCAGCGGCUCCGAGUCGCCCAGCCUGGACGGCGGGCGGCGUUUGCCAAUCUUCAGCAGGCUGUCGAUUUCUGAUGAUUAGAGGUCUGAGCUGAUCUGAGAUCUGAGAUGAGGACGCGUGUGUUUGGAUUUUCCUGUUUCCAGGACUGGAGGAGCUGAGAUGAUUCCAGACUGUUAGUUAGCUGAGAUAAGCUAAAUUAUAAAAGCAGCAGCAGAGUCUCAUUCACGACGACCUGUGAGAGUUUUACAGACUUCAACAUCCAGGGAGAUGGAUUGUCUGUCACACCAUGGCAUUAGUUUUGUUUCUUUCCUUCUCUAUCUCUCCUUUCUGCUUUUGAACUGAUAGCUAUGAAAGUAGCUCGAUAUCAACAGAAGGCAUUCCAGCAGCGUGUGCUCCAGCAGACCCUCACUUUCCGCGCACACGCUUCUCUUUCUUUCUGCACAGAGACUGACCUUUUCUUCAGUAUGAGAGACAGAGCGGUUUCAGAUUUUCCUCCAUCCUACCAAGAAUAUGCCUUGACGAGUUCCAGUUUGCAAAGUAGCCUAAAUAUCUCAGUGUAUGCGCUUCUGAAAGCUCAAACACACACAAAACAAAACAGAGCGACUUCCAUUCCAAAAGUAUGAUGAUGAUGAUGAUGAACCAUAUGGUAUGCAGCAGCAGCAGUUUCACAGCAGCGCCACACGGUGGUCGGCUCGGUUAGUGUAGUGUGCUGCUUAGUUGAAGCACUCUUGUUGGGUUUGUUGGGAAAUCACUGCUGAUGGUUGAAUAUAUAUAUAUUUUUUAGCUGUUUUUGAGUGAUUUACAUAGCAGUACGUAACUGGCUAUGACCUAUUUAACUUAUUUAUUAUCUUUGUGAAAAAAAGUAUAGGCUACAUUUUUGGUCAUUUGUGUCCAUACUGUAUUUAUCAAGUAUGUUGAAGCAAUAGAUCUAUAUUCUUUUAUUAUGUUUAAAUUAUGAUCGCCAUUAUUAAUCUACAUAAGUGGAGUGUAUGUUCUUUUCACAGUAAUAUAUUUUUUUUCUUUUUGUUUGGUCUCUUUUUUGUAACUUCACUUCGUUAUUUUAUUGUAAAUGAGUAAGAAAUCUUAAUUUAAGAGAUUGUAUGUGAUAUUUAUUUCAUUAAUUUUGUUUCCUUGUUUACGUUCAUUAAAAAAACAUUUGAGUGAUUGCCGUUUGUUUGGGAUGUUGCUUGUGGAAGACAAGUUUUUGGGGGGAAUCCCUAGAUGUGUCCUUUUUUUAUAAGCAAAAAAAGCUUUUAGAUACAUCUGUAGAAUGUAUAAACUGUGUGGUUGUCAAGACCGUCCAAACCAGUGCUUUUUUUAUAUAUAUAUAUUUUUUAUUUUUCUCCCCCAGUCAGUGACAAAGAUCCCAAGUACUUAAGUACAGAAAUUAACCAAAAAGUAUUGUUUUGGUUUUAUUUUUUUUUUCCUUUCAUAUAAAGCACAGAGUCAGGUUAAGACUCCUACCACGUGCUUUGAGAAUGUAGCAAUCCAGUGCCCCAGUAUUAUUAUUAUUAUUAUUAUUAUUAUUAUUAUUAUUUACUAUUGUGUAGUGCCUAAAAGGGGUCCACCAUCCUUACAUGCCUUACGAUUAACCAAAUAAAGUAUUUUCAUACAGGUUGUUUUUACACACAAGGAGUUAAAUAAAUAAAUGAAUGAAUGAAUGUAGGUUUGAAUUAGAUUUUUUUUUAUUGAAAAGGUUGUUACCACUUAUCAAAAGAGGGGCUUUGGAGCAACCAGCAAAGCUUUUUAAUUUCCUCUUUUUUUUCUUAUUUUUAUUUUUAAGACUCCUUAGUCCUUUAGACUUUAGUUGGACUUUUUCUUCUUUUGUUCCCUUGAUUGCCUUCGAUGUGGUCCAAGAUUUCUGGACUUUGCUGGAUGGGGAAAGAGGUUGAAAACCUUCUUUUUUUUGGUUUGUUUUGUUUGUACAUAGUAGGUACACGGGAUGGGCACUAUGUACUUUUCUUGACUACUUUUAUCCGAAGUAAAGCUUUUUGAAUGUAACUUAAAAACGGACAAAAAAAGACGACGAGUUGUAACAUACUUGUUUCUGGGGAGUCAGUUCACUACAAAUUGCGUGUGAGACUGUUAACUUUGUACUGUACAUUUUUUUUUUGUAGUUCUCCCAAUAAAAUGAUUUUGGAAAAAAACA